AUGUGCUUGUCUGCGCUGCCCUCGAUUUCGUCGUCCGCUUUUAUCCGCUUCCCCCGCUCUCGUUUGCUGACCCUCGACUUGAAUUCGUCCUCCUCGGUGUCUCUCGAUAUUUCCUCUUCGACUGGCUUCUCGGCCGUGUCGUCCGCUCACUCCGUCUCUGACGACAAGGUGUUCUGGCUUAGGGUCCAUGGCUGCCGCGUAACUUCCCUGCUGGGUCGCUUAGCCCUCUCGGAUUGUGUGCUACCAAGUGUUACUUUGACUAGACCUCAACUAGAGGAGUGCCUCGAUUCGUCGAUGCCUGGGUGCAUUUGA